AUGGCAACUGAUUGGCGCGAACUAUCUCGCGUCUCACUCCCAAGCCCUGCACUGGCCAGUAGUCCCAAUCUUGGCGUUGAGUGCAUUGCACGGUUUCAGCAGUUUGACUUUAAUGAUGAAAAUACUACCCUGACGCAUGCUAGAGUCAAUGGUUACGUCGAGUCUUUGAGACGCCGUGUUGCUGAACUUGAAGAAAAGAUCAAGGUUGCUGAGCAGAAACAUGUUCAAGCCAGACAUGCAUCUCUUGGCACAGUAGAUGUCGUUUCGCCCAUCAAUGGCAAACGACGACGAUCGAACUUUGGAUCUGUUUCAUCUGCCCCGGCGAAUCAACAGAUCCCUGCCAAUGGCGAGGAGCAGUCAAGUGUCCAAGACACCAUGAGCGCCAUUGGGCUCUUGUCUAACAAGGCCAUGGCCGAGUCUCGUACGAACACAGGUGAUAAGCCACAUAAACUCGCCAUCAUUGAGUCAAUAUCGGCAGCUCUGGCUGUAGAUGGACGAAACCCUUCUAAGGCAUCAUCGUCGCAACCGGCGUAUGUGAUGGAUGACCAGCUCAUCCCCCUCACACGCAACCUAACGCUGAGUCCCUUUCACCGUUUCCUGGACUGGAGCGUCUGGCUCCCUCAUAUUGAUGAGAACCGCUUAUAUGAGCAAUAUGAGGCUGUUCUGGAGACGAGUGAUCAGGGCAUUGAUCCAGUUAGAACCGCACUGCCUCGCUUCAACACAUACCUGGCUGUAGCUAUAGGCAUCAGUAUGUCACCUGAUGCUGGCCGCCUUUCCUCACUGGCUAGCAAUCUCCAUGCUGCAGCGGUGAAGCUAUUGCCCUUCAUUCUUCACUCUCAAGAGCCUCUUGAUACUUUGCACUGCAUGCUUCUGCUUGCGGUCUUCUCUAUGUUCAGUGCAUCAGGUGGAUCAACAUGGCAUCUUAUGGGAUUCAUUAUGACAAAUUGCAUAGCUGCAGGUUUGCACAAGACUGUACCGCCAAGGAAUACAUCAGAUACAGAGUACACUUAUCGAGUUGAGUGGCUCUUCUGGAGCGUGUAUCUUUGGGAUCGAUCUUUGGCAUCAGUUAUGGGUAGACCUUUUACUAUUACCGAGGUCGACAUUUCAGUUACAGUACCAGAUAUAACAGAAGAUGAGACUGCCUCUGGGCCAGUCAGAAAUAAGCUUGCUUUGAGUAAACAUCUUGUCACUCAUGCACAACUUAUCUCAGAUGUUGUCGGAAGUCAUAGUUCCAGCCCACUGUUUUCCUAUAGCAACCUCUGUUUUUGGCGCGAGUUCCCUCCACAAACCGGAGGCACUACUACCCCAACAAAUCCCCAGUUCGACUACCUGGAUCAACUAGCAUGCCGGGCUCUUAUUCUAAUGGUCCAACCCAAAGACCAGAACCUGACAAGCUCCGAAGCCGACGCUGAGAGUAACAGCGAAGUUGAAGCUGAUACGAUUGGUUGCUGCAAAGCACUCAUCGAGAAACUCUAUAACAGGUCCGGAAGUGGCGCCACGGUAUCUUUCCUAGACGCAUAUGAUAUCUUGGCAGCUGCUGUAGUGUACGUUUGCCUCGUUCAGCGCACACCACAACCGAACCAAACUGGCUUGACACAGACCUUUGAAGUAGUGAGCAAAGCAUCUAUAAUUUUAACGCAGUGCUCAUCCAAGUUCUCCGCCUUGAGCAUCUUUCAGCAAUUCCUGCUAACAAUGUCUACCAAGAUGAUGGAAGGACAGAGCAGUCAGCAGUGCAACGCUAUUCCUCAUCAGUGA